AGUGCCCUGGCAGCAGAGCCGCAGCUGCCGCCCGAUGAAUGGAGUCGCCUUCUGCCUGGUCGGGAUCCCACCCCGCCCGGAGCCCCGGCCCCCCAAGCUGCCACUGGGCCCAAGAGAUGGGUGCUUUCCCGGGCGCCCCCUCCCCUGGCAGGGCCCGAGGACACUGCUGCUGCACAAAAGCCUCCAGGACGGCUUUGGCUUCACCCUGCGCCACUUCAUCGUGUACCCGCCUGAGUCCGCUGUGCACUGUAGCCUGAAGGAGGAAGAGAAUGGAGGCCGAGGAGGAGGACCCUCCCCCCGGCACCGCCUGGAGCCCAUGGACACCAUCUUUGUCAAGAAUGUGAAGGAUGAUGGCCCCGCCCAUAGGGCGGGGCUUCGAACAGGAGACCGGCUGGUGAAGGUGAAUGGGGAGAGCGUCAUCGGGAAGACCUACUCCCAGGUCAUAGCUCUGAUCCAGAAUAGCGAUGAUACUCUGGAACUCUCCAUCAUGCCCAAGGACGAGGACAUCCUCCAGCUGGCCUACUCCCAGGACGCCUACCUGAAGGGGAACGAGCCGUAUUCUGGAGAGGCCCGGAGCAUCCCAGAGCCACCCCCGAUCUGCUACCCCCGAAAGACCUACGCCCCGCCGGCCCGGGUCUCUACCUGGGCCACUAUGGUGCCUGAGCCGCUCUCAGCACUGCCCAGUGACCCCCGGAGUCCUGCUGCCUGGAGUGACCCGGGGCCGCGCAUCCCGUCUACUGCCCGCUCCCAUCCGGACAACCCUUCCUUGGGGAUGAGCCAGCCCCGCCCCAGCCCUGGUGCCUUCCCCCGCCUCCCCUCGGAGCCCCGGACGCUUCGUGCCUUCCCGGAGCCUGGCAGCCGGGCGCCCCCCAGCAGACUGGAGUGCCAGCAGGCCUUGUCACACUGGCUGUCGAACCAAGUACCCCGCAGGGCGGGGGAGAGACGGUGCCCCGCCAUGCCCCCCCGGGCCCGCAGUGCCUCCCAGGACCGGCUGGAGGAUGUGACUGCCCACCGCCCGUGGCCCUGCUCCACCUCCCAGGGUGCCUUGAGCCAGCUGGGCCAGGAGGGCUGGCACCGCGCUCGCUCAGACGACUACCUGAGCCGGGCCACCCGCUCAGCCGAGGCGCUUGGGCCAGGGGCACUGGUGUCACCCCGCUUCGAGCGCUGUGGCUGGGCUUCGCAGCGUCCGUCUGCCCGCACCCCUGCCUGCCCACCCAGGGACCUGCCCGGGCCCCAGGCCCCACCCCCGCCUGGCCUGCAGGGCCUGGAUGACACUGGGUAUAUCGGAUACCGGAGCUAUAGCCCAUCGUUCCAGCGCCGGACUGGCCUUCUGCAUGCCCUCUCCUUCCGGGACUCGCCCUUUGGGGGGCUGCCCACCUUCAACUUGGCCCAGUCCCCUGCACCAUUCCCACCGGAGGCCUCUGAACCACCAAGAGUUGUCCGACCAGAACCCAGCACCAGGGCCUUGGAGCCUCCCGCCGAGGAUCGCCGUGACGAAGUGGUCCUGAGGCAGAAGCCUCCAACGGGCCGCAAGGUCCAGCUGCCCCCUUCCAGACAGAUGAACCUUGGGUUUGGUGACGAGUCCCCAGAGCCAGAGGCCAGUGGGCGAGGGGAACGCCUGGGCAGAAAGGUGGCCCCUUUGGCCACUACUGACGACUCUCUGGCUUCCAUUCCCUUCAUCGAUGAGCCCACCAGCCCCAGCAUUGACCUCCAAGCCAAGCACGUCCCUGCUUCUGCUGUGGUCUCCAGCGCCAUGAACUCAGCCCCUGUCCUGGGCACCAGCCCCUCCUCCCCAACCUUCACCUUUGCCCUCGGCCGCCAUUACUCCCAGGACUGCAGCAGCAUCAAGGCCGGCCGGCGCUCCUCCUACCUGCUGGCCAUCACCACCGAACGCUCCAAGUCCUGCGACGACGGGCUCAACACCUUCCGGGACGAGGGCCGGGCUCUGCGGCGCCUGCCGAACCGCGUGCCCAGCCUGCGGAUGCUCCGAAGCUUCUUCACUGACGGGUCCUUGGAUAGCUGGGGCACUUCCGAAGAUGCUGACGCUCCUUCCAAGCGACACUCAACCUCUGACCUCUCAGACGCAACCUUCAGCGACAUCAGGAGAGAAGGCUGGUUGUAUUAUAAGCAGGUCCUCACCAAGAAGGGGAAGAAAGCGGGCGGCGGCCUGCGCCAGUGGAAGCGGGUGUACGCCGCGCUGCGGGCGCGCUCGCUCUCGCUGAGCAAGGAGCGGCGGGAGCCCGGGCCGGCGGCGGCGGGGGCGGCGGCGGCCGUCGCAGGUGAGGACGAGGCGGCGCCCGUCUGCAUCGGCUCCUGCCUGGUGGACAUCUCCUACAGCGAGACCAAGAGGAGGCACGUGUUCCGGCUGACCACCGCUGACUUCUGUGAAUAUCUCUUUCAGGCUGAGGACCGGGAUGACAUGCUGGGCUGGAUCAGAGCGAUCCGAGAGAACAGCAGGGCCGAGGGCGAGGACCCCGGCUGUGCCAACCAAGCUCUGAUCAGCAAGAAGCUUAAUGAUUAUCGCAAAGUGAGCCAUAGCUCUGGGCCCAAAGCUGAUUCCUCCCCCAAAGGCUCUCGUGGCCUGGGGGGCCUCAAGUCUGAGUUCCUCAAACAGAGUACGGCACGUGGCCUCAGGACUCAGGACCAGCCUGCAGGGAGCAAGGAUGACAGUGUCUCCACCCCCAGAACCCCCUGGGGCAUCAACAUCAUCAAGAAGAGCAAGAAGGCAGCCCCCAGGGCAUUUGGGGUCCGACUGGAGGAGUGCCAGCCAGCCACAGAGAACCAGCGUGUCCCCCUGAUCGUGGCUGCAUGCUGUCGCAUUGUGGAGGCACGGGGGCUGGAGUCCACGGGCAUUUACCGGGUGCCAGGCAACAACGCAGUGGUGUCCAGCCUGCAGGAGCAGCUCAACCGUGGCCCCGGGGACAUCAACCUGCAGGAUGAGCGCUGGCAAGACCUCAACGUGAUCAGCAGCCUGCUCAAGUCCUUCUUCCGAAAGCUACCUGAGCCUCUUUUCACCGAUGACAAAUACAAUGACUUCAUCGAGGCCAAUCGCAUUGAAGACUCGAGGGAGCGGAUGCAGACUCUGCGGAAGCUGAUCCGGGAUCUCCCAGGACAUUACUAUGAAACACUCAAAUUCCUUGUGAGCCAUCUGAAGACCAUAGCUGACCACUCGGAGAAAAACAAGAUGGAACCCCGGAACCUGGCCCUAGUCUUCGGGCCAACGCUGGUGAGGACGUCCGAGGACAACAUGGCGGACAUGGUGACCCACAUGCCUGACCGCUACAAGAUUGUAGAGACGCUGAUCCAGCACUCAGACUGGUUCUUCAGCGACAGCGAGGACAAGGGAGAGAGAACCCCUGUGGACGACAAGGAGCCUCAGUCAGUGCCAAACAUCGAGUACCUCCUGCCUAACAUUGGCAGGACAGUGCCCCCUGGUGAGCCAGGUUCAGAUUCCACCACCUGUAGUUCAGCCAAGUCCAAGGGCUCGUGGGCCCCCAAGAAGGAGCCGUACACCCGGGAGAUGCUGGCGAUCUCCUUCAUCUCGGCGGUCAACCGCAAGAGGAAGAAGCGGCGGGAGGCGCGGGGGCUGGGCAGCAGCACGGACGACGACUCGGAGCAGGAGGCACACAAGCCCGAGGCGGGGGCGCCGGCGCCGGGGGCCCAGGACCGGCCGGAGGGGCAGCGGCCGGGCGCCGCCGCCCCCGAGGCCCCCGGGCGCCUCAGCCCCCCGGCGGCGCUGGAGGAGCGGCCGGCCGCGGACACGCGCUCCAUCGUCUCGGGCUACUCCACCCUGUCUACCAUGGACCGCAGCGUGUGCUCGGGCGCCGGGGGCCGGCGAGCGGGCGCGGGGGACGAGGCGGACGACGAGCGCAGCGAGCUGAGCCACGUGGAGACGGACACGGAGGGCGGCGCGGGGCCCGGGGGGCUCCCGGAGCGCCAGCCCUCGUUCAGCUCGCACCACCUGAUGCCCGGCGACACCCUGGCACGGCGCCGCCUGGCCCGGAGCCGAGCGGACGGCGAGGGCGCGGGCGCGGCCGUCGGGCUGCCGGGCUCCGCCUCGUCCAGCAGCCAGGAGUCGCUGCGUCCCCCGGCGGCCCUGGCGGCGGCGGCGGCGGCGGCGCUGGGCUCGCGGCCCUCGCGCCUCGAGGCGCUGCGGCUGCGCCUCCGCGGCACCGCGGACGACAUGCUGCCGGUGCGGCUGAGGCGGCCGCUGUCUCCCGAGACGCGGCGGCGCCGGAGCAGCUGGCGCCGCCACACGGUGGUGGUGCAGAGCCCGCUGACCGACCUCAACUUCCACGAGUGGAAGGAGCUGGGCGGAGGGGGUCCCCCGGAGCCCGUGGGCCCGCGGGCGCACAGUGACAACAAGGACUCGGGCCUCAGCAGCCUGGAGUCCACCAAGGCGCGGGCCCCGUCGACCGCCGCCUCGUUGCCGCCCGCGCCCGGGGACCCGGGGGCCCUGCAGAGCCAGCCCCCGCGCCGCUCGGCCGCCUCCCGCCUCCAUCAGUGUCUGUGACCGCCCCUCCCUCCCUCCCACCGCCCCGCCCCGCGCCGCCCCGCGCCGAGCGCCCCUUCGACCCACCCGGAGCCCCUUGGUUUCCCGAGAGUCGCCUCUGCUUGCACCUCCGCCCCGCCUUGUUGCCCCUGGGAGCAUCCGGGUGCAAGUGGGCGGCGCUGAGGCCGUGUCUCUGGUUUGUGCGCUGGAAUUGGUAGGGGGCGGGCAGAGGAGAAGACGGGACUGGACGCAGAGU